AUUAAGGUAAUUAGAGAGUACUUGUGCAUAUCUUGUUUUAUUUCGUUUGGAUCGCCAUGGUAAAGCACAACGAAGACGAGAGGAGUCCCAAAAGGUCCCACGAACGAGGCCAUGAAAGAGGCAAGACUCACAGACGUCGUGAAGAACGUGACUCUUCCCCACCACGAAAAUCUUCACGAAGCGACCAUUACCAUUCAAGAAGUGAUGACUAUGAAAGAAGUCGGAAAUCAGACAGCAGGAGACAUGAUUCACAAGUUUCACACAAAGAAAGUAAUCGAAGAAAUGACCCACCAAUUCCAGUUAAAAUCAAGAAAGAACCAGUUAGUGAUGAUGAACAAAGUUUCAGACGUCCACAACACAAUGAAGGGCCUUCAAGACGGCAUGAGCAACCACAUUCAGAAGAUCGACCACCAAGACCUUUUAAGCAGAGACGCAAAAGCCCCCGAAGUGAAGAUGCUGAAGCAGCCAACUACCAGUAUGGCCAACAAGUUAAAGAUGAAGAAGAAGAAGGAACACUCGUUGAAAAGCAAAAACCCAACUUUGGUCUAUCAGGAAAAUUGACUGAAGAGAAGAAUGUUUUCAAUGGUGUGGUGGUCAAAUACAGUGAACCACCUGAAGCCAGAAUUCCCAAGCGACGGUGGCGUUUUUACGUCUUUAAAGGGGAAGAGGCAUUGCCUACGUUGUACCUUCACCGUCAAAGCGCCUACUUAAUCGGAAGAGAUCGUAAAGUUGCUGAUAUUCCAAUCGACCAUCCCUCUUGCUCGAAACAGCACGCUGCGAUCCAAUUUCGGUUGGUAAACUACGAACGGCCUGAUGGAACUGCAGGACGUACUGUCCGGCCAUAUAUUAUUGAUCUGGAAGCAGCCAAUGGUACUUUUGUAAAUAAUCAAAAAAUUGAAUCCAAACGUUACGUCGAAUUGUUCGAGAAGGAUGUGGUGAAGUUUGGCUUCAGUUCCCGCGAAUAUGUUCUCCUUCAUGAAGAAAGCAAAACAGAUGCUAGUUUGGACGAUAUGGGAGUGGGGCAGUGACACGUUGGUGACCAGCAAUGUUUUGUAUCAUAACAAUUUUCUUUUUUGAACGCCGCAAUACACUUAAUGUUUCUGCGAAAGGUA